UUCCCUUAACAUGUUUAUUUGAUUCUUCUAGCUCUGCCAGCAUCCUCUGUCCCGUUUGUGGUGAUAAAAAAAGAAGUCUUUUUAAACUCACGUGUAGUGUAAGUAACAACUUUUGUUUGUUUGGUUGAAAAACCACAUGUAGUGUAAGUAACAAAUAAUAUUUAAUGUGCACAUAGCCCCUUAUAUGUAUGCUUCUACAAUUCUACUAGUGUUUCUUAUAACAACCACUCUUCCGAUUUGUGGUGAUAAGAAAAACACUUCUUUUGAAAAAUGGAGGCAUUUCAAGUAGUAAUUGGAGGAGUUGGUAUGCAAAUUGAGUUUGUUUGGAAGCAUAUGAGAGAAGCUUUGGUUGUACCAAUACUGAAAAUUGCAGUGUUUUUGUGCAUAUGCAUGUUAUUGAUGGAUUUUGUUGAAAAAGUUUAUAUGGCAAUUGUGAUUAGUUUUGUGAAGUUGUGUGGUAGAAAACCAGAGAAACGUUAUAAAUGGGAGACUAUUAAGGAUGAUGAUGUUGAAUUGGGUAACUCUAAUUAUCCAAUGGUUCUUGUCCAAAUUCCAAUGUACAAUGAAAGAGAGGUUUAUAAGCUAUCCAUUGGUGCUGCAUGUGGACUCUCUUGGCCUUCGGAUAGAAUCAUCAUACAAAUUCUUGAUGACUCAACUGACCCAACAAUUCAGGAGUUGGUGCAGGUGGAAUGCCAUAUAUGGGAAAGCAAAGGUAUUAAUAUAAAGUAUGAAGUUAGGGACAACAGAAAUGGGUACAAAGCAGGAGCUUUAAAAGAGGGAAUGAAGCAUAGCUAUGUCAUGCAAUGUGAUUAUGUUGUUAUCUUUGACGCUGAUUUUCAACCUGAACCUGAUUUUCUCUGUCAAACCAUCCCUUUCCUUAUCAAUAAUCCUGAAAUUGGUCUCGUUCAGGGUCGGUGGAAAUUUGUAAAUGCGAAUGAAUGUUUGAUGACGAGGAUGCAACAAAUGUCACUUGAUUACCAUUUUAAGGUGGAACAAGAAGUUGGAUCUUCUACUUAUGCCUUCUUUGGCUUCAAUGGGACUGCGGGUGUGUGGAGAAUUUCAGCGUUGAAUGAAGCUGGUGGGUGGAAAGAUAGGACUACAGUUGAAGAUAUGGAUUUGGCCAUACGUGCUAGUCUUAAAGGAUGGAAAUUCUUAUACCUCGCUAAUAUACAGGUUAAAAGCGAAUUGCCAAGUACUUUAAAGGCUUAUAGGUACCAACAACACAGAUGGUCAUGCGGGCCAGCCAAUCUUUUCAGGAAAGUGGUUAUGGAGAUUUUCACAAACAAGAAAGUGUCUUUGUGGACAAAGUUACAUGUUGUUUACAGUUUUUUCUUUGUUCGGAAGAUUGUGGUCCACAUAAACACAUUUGUGUUCUAUUGCAUUGUGUUGCCCGCAACUGUUAUGGUGCCUGAGGUUGUGAUCCCUAAAUGGAUUUGUGUUUAUAUCCCUUGCAUCGUCACACUUUUAAAAGCCGUUGGAACUCCAAGGUCAUUCCAUUUACUUGUCUUUUGGGUUCUUUUUGAAAAUACUAUGUCUCUACAUCGAACAAAGGCAACAAUUAUAGGUUUACUAGAGACUAGUAGAGUGAAUGAAUGGAUUGUCACUGAAAAACUUGGAGAUGCUCUUAAGGAUAAAAUUGGUGAUAGUAAACUACUCAAAAAGUAUCGAUUUAACAUUGGAAACAGGAUUCACAUGACGGAACUUGUUGUUGGAUUCUAUCUCAUAUUUUGUGGCUGCUAUGAUUUUAUGUAUGGGAAAAAUUACUUCUUCAUAUUCCUAUUCAUGCAAGCGGUUGCUUUCUUCAUCCUGGCAUUGGGAUAUGUUGGCACUUUUGUUCCCAAAUCCUAGAAGA